CACUCCUCCUUCUCCUUCCUUUUACCAUCAUCAACCAAACUGCUGUGCAGUGAUGAACUUACAGGCAGAGCCUAUGAGCAACACAGGAAUGCUUAGAAAAUCCUGCCAACUUAAUUUCGCUGCCUCAAGUGCGGGGAACUCCAGAGGCUGAGCCUUCCGUAGGAGGACCUCCACUGCAGGAGACUGUCAUUGUUUUCUCUUCAGAUCCAUUUUUUGUUGUGCUCACUGGCUGAGUGCACUGAGGAACUGAGGGGAUUUUUUUAUAUUGUUUUUCUCAAUUUUUCUCAAUUUGUGUUUUUUGUAAACCGGAACAGUGGCGUCCUUUUCAGUAGCGAGGUGCAAGGACCAGCUCCACUCACCCAAGAUGAGCCGCUGGCUGAAAUGCACCUCCAUGCACUUUAACACAGACUGGAACAAGUAUGAUGAUCGGCUGAUGAAGGCGGUAGAACGGGGCGAAGUGGAUAAGGUGGCUGCUGUUCUCGGGAAGAAGGGCAUCAUCCCCACGAAGCUUGACGUGGAAGGCCGCUCUGCGUUUCAUUUGGCUGCGACACGAGGACACCAAGACUGUCUCAAUCUCAUCCUGGGACACAACGUUGAUGUCACUGCGACUGAUGCCACAGGUAAAAAUGCUCUUCAUCUGGCUUCAAGAAACGGACACUCGGUGUGCGUGCAGAAGCUCCUGCAGCACAACAGUCCAGUUGGAAAUGUGGACCUACAAGGAAGAACAGCUCUACAUGAUGCUGUCAUGGCCGGCUGCUCAUCCAGCGUGAAGCUUCUUUGUGACAGCGGAGCAUCUGUGAAUGCCACUGAUUUUGAUGGCAGGACACCUUUGGUACUGGCAACCCAGAUGUGUCAUUCACGCAUCUGUCACCUGCUGCUGGAGCGAGGGGCUGACAUCACCAUACGGGACAAGCAAAACAAGACGGCGCUGAUUCUGGGCUGUGAGUAUGGCUGCAAGGACGCGGUGGAGGUGUUGCUGAAGAGCGGCGCUGACGUGAAGGUGGUCGACGGCCUGGGUCAUGAUGCAUUUCACUACGCGCGCCUCAGCAAGAACCAGGAGCUCGUUGCAAUGGUCAAAAGUUACCUCGACAAAGUCACCCGAGAUAAAGAAACUGCAAAGAUGGAACAGUGGAAGCGACAGCACUCAGUGGAGCGAUCAGAGGCUUCUGAGGUUAACACAAGGGAUCUGAUCAUACACGACCUGGAGAAACAGAACAACACCCUGCAGGAAAGUCUGAGGAAGUACCACCAGGAGCAGAGGACCCUGGUAGAUAAGGUCAACAUACUUCAGCAACAGCUCUCACAGGAAAAAUUGGCAUCUGAAGACACUCAAAAAGAGAAGGAUCACUUGAAAGUGUUGCUCAGUGCCAAAGAUCGAGAGGAAGGGGCUCGAGGCCCGGAGACUGUCAAAGUCCAGCUUCGGAGUACUUUGGGAGACUACUCUGGCCAGUCUGUUAUCAAAGGCAAAGAAAACAUUUUGAUCAAACAAACUCACAGCUUGGAUUCUGAUCAGUUGCUCCAGCAUCCUGCCAUUUCGCGUUCACUGUCCAGAGCCGGAGAGAAGAGUCCGCCAGCUGUAGGAUGGGACCUCUCUGGUGAACUGGAUUCGCUCCGACAUGAACUGGAGACAGUCAAAAGAAGACAACAUGCGGCAGAGGAAGAGACGGCGCGGCUUCAAUCCGCCCUGAACCGUAAAAACCGAGAGUGCCAAGAGCUGGUUCAAAACCGAGACGCCAUCCAGAGGCAGGCUGACCAGCAGAUUCAAGAACUCGAGGACGCCUUGGGAGACGUCCAGAAGAGGAUGCUGGACUCUGAGUGUAAGGUCAAACAGCUCCAAGCCCACGUAGUCGCUGUUAAGGAACACAUGGGCGGCCAGGCCACAGACGAACUGCGGGUCCAGCUCCAGGAUGUCAAAGCCAAGUAUGAAGGUGCUUCAGCGGAAGUGGGGCGCGUUCGUAACCGACUGAAACAGAGUGAGAAGGCCUUGGAGGAGUACAAGACCAGCGAAAACCAGUUAGCAACCGAGGCAGAGAGUCUGAACCAGGAGGUGGGAGUUCUGACUGCAGAACGAGAAGAACUCGCCGAAGCCCUUUUAGAAAUGGAAACCAAGUUGAAGGAGAGCCAGACUAAACAUGGCAACACCGUACCAGCUGAGAAAUUUGACAACAUGAAAAACCUGCUGACCAAUGCUGUGGAUGAGAAGGAACGACAGCUCGCGGAGCUCAGGGAAGACUACGACCGGGUGCUGGAGGAAGUGGCAGAUCUCCAUCGAAAACUUGACAGUCCCUCAUCCCAGGGAGGAUCAGGAGGGAUGUCAGCCGAGGAGCACCAGAGGAUACGAGCGGCUCUCGAAGAGCAAAAUGCUUCACUGAAAAGAAAACUGGUGGAUGUGACCGCCAAAAGCCAGGCCCUAAUUCAAGAGGUGGAGGAGAGUGAGGAGGAAAGGGAUAUCCUACGAGAACAGCUUGAUGAGCUCAACAGCAGGAUUGAAAUGUACUACAUACCUGUAAAGGAUCACGAAGACGCUCGGAGGAACAUGGUCACAGCUCUGGAGGAGCUAGAAGACAAACUAGUGGAAGCUAGUGAACGUUACGGAAAAGCAGAGGGACAAGUCCAGCAGCUUCAGACCGAGAGAGCCACCCUGCAAGAGAACAUCAGGAGUUUCCAAACUGCCAGAGAGAAAAACCAGAGUGAAAUGGACGUUUUGAAGAGUCAGAAUGCCGAUCUGACGAAGAGACAUGAACUGCUACAGAAGAAAUGUGAAGACAGAGAUCAAGAGUGCGUACAGCUGACCACACAGAGCCAGACUCUGAAGCAGAGCUUGGAGGGGGAGUAUAUUUCUAGACAGCAGCACGAGCAAGUGAAGAUGGAGUUAAGUUCCACGUUAGAUAGUGUUAAAGCUGAGAUGUUGAAGUUGGAGACCAAGGGAAAAGAAAGUGCGGAAGAAUUUAAGUAUUCAAAAGAAGGAAAUGAAAAGUUGAAAGCUGAGUUGGAAAAGGUUCUGUUAGACGUGAAACAGAACUACAUGAGCAUAAAAGACCACAGAGCGACCACAGACAAUCUGAACGCUGCUGUGGUUGAGGCAGAGAAUAGAGCAAAAGAAGUGUCAGAUAUGUAUGAGUUGGCGCAGGAGGAAACAGUAAAGCUUACCCAAGAAUUAGAGGCCCAGAAGAAGGAACUUGAUACCAUCCAGGAGGCAAUUCAGUCCAAGUUUAUUCCACUGACAGCAGCUGAGGAGAAAGAACACUCCCACAGUGCCCAGGUGAAGGAGCUGCAUGCCAAGCUCAUGGGAAUGGAAGAGAAGUGCAACAGAGAACGAUCUGCUGCAGAGGGCAGCAAGCAGGAGAAAGAGAAACUAAAACUUGAGAUUGAAUCUGUUCAGCAAAGACUGGACACAGCAUUAGUUUCUGGAGAAAAGCACAAGGAAGUGGAGGAAGGGUUGGUGGGUAAAUUUGAGGAAUUGACUCUGCAGUUGGUCAGAUUAGAGCAGCAGCACGAGGAGGUCACACGUCAGAAAGCCGAUCUUCAAGAGCAGAACGCUCUCUGCAACUCUCAGAUCCGGAAUCUCCAGGAGCGUCUGAAAUCCGAGUUGACCCGAAUAUCAACGUAUGACACGGAGCUCAAAGCCCUGAACGACGCCAUGCAGCAAGCCCAGUCCGACUGCAAGAAAGCAAUAGAGACUCGGCAGGAGGAGGCCCAGAGGGUUGGUGCCCUACAGAGAGAGCUGCAGGAGCUCCGCGGGGAUCAGGCAUCUCUGCAAAGACAACAGACCAAGGGAGAGGAGGCCAUGGAGGCUGAAGUCGCUCGGCUACAAAUGGCUCUCCGUGAGGAGGAGGAGAACAACGCCCAGAGGGCUGAAGAUGUGUCCGCCCUGCAAUCCGAGCUCCUGCAGGCCACACAGGCUCUGGAGGAGAUUCGCUACAAGGAAGACCAAAUGAACCAGCUGAAGAAAGAGAAGCAGCAGCUGGAGGAGGAGGUGGCCAACCUCAGCAACAAGCUACUGAGCUUAUCGGAAGAGUGUGAGGAGGCCCAUCAGGAGGCUGCAGGAGCACGAGAGGCCGAGAGCAAGGCCAGGGUGGAGAGGGAGGCUCUCCAGGAGAAGGAACGUGCCAUCGAGAGAGAAAUCAGAGAGCUGAAGGAGAGAUACGAGGAGUCGCUGAGCACCAUCUGUGACCUUCAAAGGAGGUCAGCUCAGCAGACUGAAGCUAAAGACAAGAAGAUCACAGAGUUGCUGACGGACGUGGAGCGGUUGAAGCAGGCGCUGAACGGUCUGUCCCAGCUGGCGUACACCAGCAACGCACCCAAUAAGAGGCAGACGCAGCAAAUCGACACACUCCACGGCCAGAUCAAGAUCCUACAGCAGCAGCUGGCUGAUGCUGAGACGCAACACCGGGAGGUGGUUUCAAUUUAUCGAACUCAUCUCCUCAGUGCAGCGCAGGGUCACAUGGAUGAGGACGUCCAGGCCGCCUUGCUGCAGAUCAUCCGCAUGAGGCAGGAGUUUGUGUGUUGAACCUUCCUCUGACAAAACACGAUGCUACCGACGGACUCGGAUUCAUCAUUUUCCCAGAGUCCCUUGCUGUGGCCCCUGUGGGUGCUCAGUGUGUUUGUGUGUUUGUCUCUCGGCAAAGUUCUGAAAUUCAUUUUGUUGAAGUAUGAUUGUUCCCAGAUAUCAUCUUUGUGUUGUGGAUACAGACAAAUAACUGCAGGAUUGAUUGAUACUAAUGUGAUACUUCUAUAGAAACACAGCCAACUGGAAUUUACUUAAAACCAGUCUCUUUGUAUCAGACUAACCAGUGGAAUCAUUUUGACUUCAUCAUCUACCUACUGUUUAUGUAAAACACUUUGUAGUUGCUGGUACAGUUUGUGAAAAUACAAUUCCGUACAUUUCUGUCAAAUCCUUUUCGGAAUGAAAAUCUCUGCUCUUAUUUUGUGACUUUAAUCCGUAAUAUUUGAAAGUUAUUUGAAACGUGGGACACCUUCCACAGAUUACAUGAAAAGAUCAGCUGAAAUGUGAAAUGGACAUGAACACAAGACCACUUUUCACAUUCCCACAUGACAGUCAGUUCUCAUUCAGCGUUUUCCUAUCUAACAGCAUUUUUGCUAGAAUAGUAAAGGUUGGUUCACAUUAUUUUUCAAGUUGACCUUGAUACGAUGCUCACAAGCCUGCAUGGGUUCUACCUUCCAAUGAGCUAUUGGAUGAUAUAGUUAUUCAAGUGAACAGAUCCCUUUAUAACCUGACGGUGGCCAAUCCAUAAUAGGCAAACAAUAUUUAACAACAAAAAAAUAUUAAAACGUAAAUGUAUGAAAAAAUGUAGGUGGAGUUAUCAAUGUAGUAAUGAGGUGAACAGACAAUUUCUUGUCCUUGAUAAUCUAACAUCCAUGUUUUGUUCUCCUUUUGAAAAAAGGAAUGUAGACCUGCAAGUUUAAAAUACUUUCAUCAAGAAGAUAAAGAAGAUUUUACUGAUAUUUAUACUUUUAUUUAGAAGAAAAGCUAAUUUUAACUUACUUCAGAAAAUAAGAUUCAUGUUAGAUCCAUCUGACAUUAGAGUAGAACUAAAGAGGGAAUCUACAUUUAUGUAUAUACACAUAAAUGCUUGUGGGUUUUGAAUUGAGCAGAGUACAGAGUUUCUUUGAAUGUGAACCUACCUUUUUAACCAUGUUCAUGUCUGUUGUAACACUUCAGCUACUUUUUAAGUCUAAACAUUGUGCGGCGCAGUUCUUGUCCUCUGGACGUCCAAAGUAGCACAUUUUCACAAUAACCCCAAAAGCUGAACUUCCUCCAAAUCUAAAAUCCUGCUUUGCCAUUAUGGUAGAUGGUCGACAGUUGGAUGGAGAUCUCAGUUAAGUCUGGUUACGUGAGGUUCUGCUGGAUUUGAGUCGUGGAGGUGCAGUGGAGACCUCUUGCUGUGUCCCACAGAUUGCAGUGACACGUCGUCCUUUUGUUGAAACCAGAGUGUCCUCUAGUGGAAAGACUUGGCUGGCCAGGUUGAUAGAAGCUGUAGUAAUCAGUGCGGCUCAGGGGUGAGCAGCGGUUGCUUUUGGAAGCUGGAACAUCUGCACACUUGUGUCAACACUAAGCAAAACAAUUAGAAAUGAUUAGGAUAUGAAUUUUGAAUAUAAAAAACAUAGCUAACGACUAAUCUCUUGUUUUGCAUUUCUUAAUUCAAACCAAACUCACUUGUUAUUUACAACAAAUGUUCUAGCUUGAGUUUGACUCUGUGUAAAACAUAAUGUUUGGACUUUGCAGCUCUCCUGGAGCAAUGGUUGCGCUCCCCUGAGCCGGCUCUUUGUGAGUCUUGAUGGUGUAGUGUAGUGGUGUUGUGAUUGUUGAGCGAGUCUCUUGUGCCUUUACACUGAUAUAUUUUUCAUAGCUUGUACUACUUUAAUUGAUGUACUACAGUGUGACGAUUGUGAUAUUCAGCAGGUCUGGAAGUAGAACGGCACAAAACACGUUCAGGGUAACAUUUACUGUAGGAAUCCAUUUGAUAGGAAUAGAACAGAUCUUUGUUAUGAGGAUAGACAUCCCCUUUAACGAUUAGUAUUUUUGACGAACUCCUGUCUUUCCCUUUGAAGCUAACACUCUUUACCAGGUUUUUGCUUUCUCUUUUUAUACUGUGGCCAAAAAGUCUGUUUACAACAACAGAUAGUUAAUGAAAACUAUACUUCAUGCAGAUAUUAGAGAGUAGCAAUAAUUCUUUUCAGGUAUUUCUCACUUUCUUCCCUCUGCUAUUUACAUUAACUGUAAAUUGAAUCCAGUUAAAUCUCUACAUAUACAUACGUUGUAUACCAAACUGUUUAAAUUUGUUGUUUUCAACAUUAUUUGCGUUUGUGAAUCAAUAAUACAAAAUUAAUAAAAGUGCCUAACAUAGAAAACUACACAA